UAUGCCUACAACAAAGAAACAAGCUGCAAAGUUACAAAUACAUGGUGCAUGCUCAUCAGAUUUUUAAACUUGCAAAUAAAUGUUAUACAAUGCUAUGAAUAUAUGCAUAAUAAAAAUAUUUAAAACAUUAAAAGUAUAAAAUAAAUAUAAACUCAUGGCAGUGGUUCUCUCAGGCAGGGGGAUAAGAUCGGAAAGGAGUAUAUGGGUGAUACCAGCUCUAUUUGAAAUGUUUUCUUUCUUUUUACAAAGGAUUAAAAUAAAAUGUGCUACUGUUUAAAUGAAUUCUGAGCAUACGAAGUACUGUACAAUAUUGUUCUUUAUUCUCAAGUGAACAUCUAAAUAUUAGAGCCAAAAAAGUAGAGUGUGUCAGGCAGAUCCCAGAAGAGAUAUAUAUUCCAGGAAUAGAGCAAUAUGUACAGAAACAUGAAUCAGGCAGUAGCUUGGCUGCGUGGGAGCUACAGGUCUGUAGAAGGUGUGGAUCAGAGGGGCUUACUGAGCCAGCCUGAAGCAUGAGCAGGACCCAGAGGAGCAACAGACGGGGUCCUUUCUCCUGUUACUAGACUAGGCUCUCACCCAGAGGUAUCCAUUAGGAAGCUCUCUGAGGGUUUUAAGCAGAGAGCUUCCCAUUAUUCUACUUCGGAUGAGGUGUAGGGGAUGGCUGGGUACACCCAGAAAAGAAGCUGGGAGACUUAGAAUUAAUAGGUAGCCCAGGGACAACAGCUGAGGAAUCAUUUGAAAUUGUCUGAGUGACAAGAAUUGUACUAAGAGCCUCUACUUCUCCACAGUAACUGCAAACAACUCACAUAUAAAAUAUAUUAGUAAAGAUUUUUUUAAAGUAUACAUUUGUGUAUUGUUCAGAAGGAAAAAAUAGUGGCUACUGAGAAAAUUCCAACUUGAGAGGGUCUUAUUACUACUACUACAUCUUUCAUUUAAUCCUUGGGGUGCUUAUUAUAAGUGAAUUUUUACAGUUGUUGCUUCCUAACCCAACACGGAUGGAAAUUAGCACUGUCUUUACAGACAUGGGAGACCACACAAUGACAAAGGGGAGCUUCCCUCUCUCUGGACCCCUUAUUACCUAUGCCACUGCCUGGCCCUGCUGCCCCGGAUCCAUGCCAGGACAGUGGAGGAAAAGAAGAAAAGCCAGGAAAACAGCUUCUGAUGGAACUUCUGGGGGUACAAAAAUAUCUACCUGAAUAAUAAAAAAUAAAUAAUUUAAAAGCACGGGAACAUGUGUAGGAAAUACUGCCUCAGUAAACCCAGAGACUGUGGCCUAACGUACAGCAGAAUAAUUCUGGUGGUCCCUUCCCCUACUGCCACAGAAAACACUCACUGUGGCAACUCAGAUGUUAUGAGCACUCAUCAGUCAUGCAGCAGAAACCAAACAGCUGCCUGAAAGGCUGAGGAAGAAACCCAGCCAUUCCUAACUGUAGCUCCAUCUUGUCCACAUUGAUAUUUUUAGUGAUUCAAAGCUGCUUCUAUGGGUCUUCCUCUAAAUGUCCUAACGGUGACCCAACGCUUAUGUCCCAGUAUCUUCUGUGUUUGGAACUAGGUAAGCAGCAGAGGAGGAAAGCUGCCUUUGGGAUCUCAACCUAAGACCGAACCUGUACAACCAGCACCCACCCAAAUCCCCAACCACAUGCAACCUGCAGCCUGGCCCUGGCUCUCUCGCUGGAGAGAGGUGGGGGAACUUGUAUGGUAAAUAUCACACAGUGGGAAGCACUUACAUAUUCAUCUUGUAAAAAUUGUGAAUAUACAAUCAAUUGUAACUUUUCUCCCAAGGAAUCUGUAUUUUAAUAAGUAGUGUCAAACUCCUAGAAAUUUUCAAGAUCCCCAAGAGUAAGUUUGUAAUUCUGAGAUGUGGGGUAUUUUUCUAGGUGACUGAGGUAAGUAUUGUGGCAAAAGACCUUUUCCCAUUGCAAUGCUGAUUGACAACUUCUAUCUGCAUGGACCAGACACUGAGCUGGAUAUCUGGCGACAGGCAUUCCAUGGCUCAGAUUCCUGUGAGACCCUUAUCCUGCAAGAUGUCCCCAGACCAGUGGCAGACCCUGUGUACACACAAAUGCUAAUGUGUCACAGUUCAGGUACUGGGAUGGCUCAUGGUCCCUCCCCUGCCUGAUGUAAGUGAGCCUUUAUCACGGAGGAAAUAGACCCACCCUCAGUUGAAAUAGAUACCAGGGACCAUCCAAGCCAGAGAGAAACAAACGUACUCUCCCUUUUCCUUGGGAUGGCGGUGGGGGAGCUUCCUUCCAGGUACUGGGACUGGCUCAGCUUCUCUGCCUUAGGAGCUUGGUAUGGCGGUGGGGGAGCUUCCUUCCGGGUGCUGGGACCAGCUCACCUUCUCUGCCCUAAGAGUUGGGAUCUCUCCCUUUUCCUUGGGCAAGACUUUCAUCCCAAGUCGUAUGACCCCAUGUGGCUUGGGCCUGGGGUAGAUGCAGAUUUUGUGGAGCCUGAAGCUUACACCGCUUGGUAGACUUGGUAGUUCUUUAAGAAAAAGAACUCACAAUUAGGAACUGAAAACUAGUUAUAGAAGUGAGUGUUUCUUUAAAAUGAGAAAAGAAAUCACAUCAUAUUACAAAUUUAUAAACUUUUAAAAAUUGAAAAAUGUCAUGAACACUCCCUGGAACUGCAAAACUUGAUUGAGAAGGCAAAACUCAGAAGCACUGACGUCACCUGUUAUAUUAGACAUGUAGAGUAGGUAACUUCACACACAGAUGGUCUCCAUAAUUGUUUACUUCAAGCACUAGCAACUAAAAUUUUUCUAAAUUUGAUCAAGCCUAUCACCCCACAGAUGCAAAAGGCUCAGCAAAGUUCAAGUAGGAGAAACACAAACAAAACCUCUCCCAGGCACAUCGUAACUGAAGGGAUGAAAAUCGAAGAUAAACAGAAGAUCUUUAAAUCACCAUCCUACCAUUCCUAGCCCAAGGUCAAUGCCUCCCAGGAUCCUGGGCUCAGUUCUCUCCUUCCGCCCCAGAAACCCUGCUGGCAAGAACUGAAGAGUCCCAAGUUCCACUCCGAGUGUGAGCCAACCGGGCUGCGACCAUUGCACGGAUCCUCACAGCACGGAAGGGGAGCGAGCUUCAGGACGGAGGCGGUGGCCCUGUUCCCCUCCCUACGACCGGCAGGUGGGAGGUGUGUACACAGAUCCGAGUCACAGCUGAGGAACCCCGCGCUUAGGAGACCGCAGUCUGUUAAAGGGACCACUGGCAAAGCGCCAGUGUCUGUUGUGGAAGGAGGUACCUUUCUGUCCUGCGAGCAGAGACACGCCUAGAAGUUCCUUCCAAGGUCGCCUGCUAGGCAAACAUCCCCAGAAAGAUCAUCUGGGUAAAACUGUCACAAAAAUACGGAAAUGUGAAGGGUCCGUGGGGAACUGUCUCCCAACACUUCCUGCAUACCGUCCUUUCCUUCUCUUGCGUAAUCAACUACUUUGCAUGCACUGCACCCCACUCCCCAACAACCAAACAUCCCCAAGCCCCUCCUCGCUGUGGUACGAAGAUCCCUAGAUAACUCUCCCUGGGCACCACGCGCCUCCGGCCCCGUCCCAAGUUCUAAUUACACAAGUUAGCGCCUUCUCCUCGUCCUGAGCCUCAGCCCCCUCGGAUGGGACUCAUCAUUCUGCCAGUGCAGUGGGCACGCAGGGGCCGGGACGUAACGUCGCUGUGGGGCGACUCCCUAAGAUAUUUCGGAAAGGUGAAGGUCAGCCGUGGGGUGGGUGGAAGGGACCCAUGUGGCUGGCGGGGGCUCGGUGGGGCGCCCAGGCCCUGCCCACGGCUGCCCGGGCGACGGCCACUCGCGCUCCUGCGAGUCCGGGCACAGCCCCUCCUGGGUUUGCAACCCCUUUGUCCACAGUGUUGGACUCCAAACCUGGUUGAACUUCGGUAUCACCCGGCUGGCUGGGAAUGCGUGUCCCAGGCCCCAGCCCAGACCCGCUGCGUCCGGAUCUGCAUUUUAACCGGGGCAGGGCAAUCCGCGUGUACGCGGUAGUUUAAGAAGCGCCGGGCCAAGGACCUGAGUGCGGCCAAGUAACCUCAAGGCGGCAGAGGAACAGUGCAGAAAUGUGCGUCCCGGGAGCCCAGCUCCUCCGGUUAGGAUUUGUUCGGAGACUCAAAGCAUCGCAGAAAAGAGAGCUCGGUGCAGACAGCGCCCGGGUGACCGGCAGGUGCCUGGCGGAGCCCUCGUGUGGCGCAGAGCGGGAUUGCAGUCCUUGCUCCGCGCCGGGACCGCGCGCUCCCGGCCCGGCCCGGCGCUGCGCUGCGAAGGGUCGGGGUCAAAACCCGGGGCGCGGGGGCGCUUUCAGCCCCGCAUCGGCGGCGAGACGGCCAUGCGACGUGCGGACACCCACAGGAAGGGACCCGGCAUCGCGGGCCCACUGUCAGGUCCCUUCCCGCCUCUCCCGCCCCAUCCGGCCUCCCAAACCACAGCUGACGCUCUUGUCCAUGAUCCCACCGGAAUCUGCUGCGGGAAAAGGGAGGAAGAGUCGGACCCGGACGAUCGCUCUGGGGCGCUUUCGCCGAGGGUCACUCUCGGCCCUCGGCCCCGCUCCUCCCGGAGUCCCUUCGCAUCCCCCAAACCCGCGCUGAUUUUCCUGAGAAAUAGGAAGGCUGUCUUGGGACGGUGAGGUCUCCCUCUCCAGCUCUCGGCCUCUGCUCAGGGAGACACUAGCAGUGCUGGAGCUCCUGCUGGGGUCCUGUCCCCUGCCUUUCCACCCGCCGCUCCCUGGCCCCGGUGACGCUCAGGAAAUGCUUGUCUCCUGCUGUUGAUGAAUAAUUUUGGAGUACUAUGGAUCAUGCUGAAGAAAAUGAAAUCCCUGCAGCAACUCAGAAGUACUACGUGGAAAGGCCUAUUUUUAGCCAUCCAGUCCUCCAGGAAAGACUACACGAGAAAGACAAAGUUUCGGAUUCCAUUGGGGAUAAGCUAAAACAGGCAUUCACAUGUACUCCUAAAAAAAUAAGAAACAUUAUUUAUAUGUUCCUGCCCAUAACAAAGUGGUUGCCAGCAUAUAAAUUCAAGGAGUAUGUGUUGGGUGACUUGGUUUCAGGCAUAAGCACUGGAGUGCUACAGCUUCCUCAAGGUCUGGCCUUCGCAAUGCUGGCAGCGGUGCCUCCGGUGUUCGGCCUGUACUCUUCGUUUUACCCUGUUAUCAUGUACUGUUUCCUUGGAACCUCCAGGCACAUAUCCAUAGGUCCUUUUGCCGUUAUUAGCUUGAUGAUUGGUGGCGUGGCUGUUCGAUUAGUACCAGAUGACAUCGUCAUUCCAGGAGGAGGAAAUGCAACCAACGGCACGGAAGCCAGGGACGCCUUGAGAGUGAAAGUCGCCAUGUCUGUGACCUUACUCUCCGGAAUCAUUCAGUUCUGCCUAGGUGUGUGCAGGUUCGGAUUUGUGGCCAUCUACCUCACAGAGCCCCUCGUGCGCGGGUUCACCACUGCAGCUGCCGUGCACGUGUUCACCUCCAUGCUCAAGUACCUCUUCGGGGUUAGGACAAAGCGGUACACUGGAAUCUUCUCAGUGGUGUAUAGUACAGUUGCUGUGUUGCAGAAUGUUAAAAACCUCAACGUGUGUUCCCUAGGCGUCGGGCUGAUGGUUUUUGGUUUGCUGUUGGGUGGCAAGGAGUUUAAUGAGAGAUUUAAAGAGAAAUUGCCAGCACCCAUUCCUUUAGAGUUCUUUGCGGUGGUAAUGGGAACUGGCAUUUCAGCUGGAUUUAAUUUGCAAGAAUCUUACAAUGUGGAUGUCGUUGGGACACUGCCUCUGGGGCUACUCCCUCCAGCCAACCCGGACACCAGCCUCUUCCACCUCGUGUAUGUGGAUGCCAUCGCCAUAGCCAUCGUUGGAUUCUCAGUGACCAUCUCAAUGGCCAAGACCUUGGCAAAUAAACAUGGCUACCAGGUUGACGGCAAUCAGGAGCUCAUCGCCCUGGGACUGUGCAAUUCCAUUGGCUCCCUCUUCCAGACCUUUUCAAUUUCUUGCUCCUUGUCUCGAAGCCUUGUUCAGGAGGGAACUGGGGGGAAGACACAGCUUGCAGGUUGCUUGGCCUCAUUAAUGAUUUUGCUGGUCAUAUUAGCCACGGGAUUCCUCUUUGAAUCAUUACCCCAGGCUGUGCUGUCGGCCAUCGUGAUUGUCAACCUGAAAGGAAUGUUCAUGCAGUUCUCAGAUCUGCCUUUCUUCUGGAGAACCAGCAAAAUAGAGCUGACCAUCUGGCUCACCACUUUUGUGUCCUCCUUGUUCCUGGGAUUGGACUAUGGCCUGAUUACUGCCGUGAUCAUUGCUCUGCUGACUGUGAUUUACAGAACCCAGAGCCCGAGCUACAAAGUUCUGGGACAGCUUCCUGACACUGACGUCUAUGUGGACACAGAUGCCUUCGAGGAGGUGAAAGAAAUCCCUGGAAUAAAAAUAUUCCAAAUAAAUGCCCCAAUUUACUAUGCAAACAGUGACUUGUAUAGCAAUGCAUUAAAAAGAAAGACCCGAGUGAACCCAGCACGCAUCAUGGGAGCGAGGAGAAAGGCCAUGAGGAAGUACGCUAAGGAAGUGGGGAAUGCAAACGUGGCCAACGCCACUGUGGUCAAGGCGGACGCAAAAGUAGAUGGACAAGACGGUACCAAACCUGAAGAGGAGGAUGGUGAAGUAAAAUAUCCUCCAAUAGUCAUUAAAAAUACAUUUCCUGAAGAACUGCAGAGAUUUAUGCCCCCAGGGGAUAACAUCCACACCGUUAUUCUGGAUUUUACACAAGUCAAUUUCAUCGAUUCUGUUGGCGUGAAAACUCUGGCAGGGAUUGUAAAGGAAUACGGAGAUGUUGGUAUUUAUGUCUAUUUAGCAGGAUGCAGUGCACAAGUUGUGAAUGACCUCACUCGAAAUCGAUUUUUUGAAAAUCCUGCCUUGAAGGAGCUGCUGUUCUACAGCAUCCAUGACGCGGUUUUAGGCAGCCAACUCCGAGAGGCACUGGCCGAACAGGAAGCCUCGGCUGCCCCUCUGCAGGAGGAUUUGGAGCCCAAUGCCACUCCUGCCACGCCAGAGGAAUAAGGAGGACCUCAGCUUGGGUGGGGCAGGAUCAUCAUUGGGAAAAUUCUUAAUUUACACAUUUUAAAUACUAGAGCCUAGGGUUUUCCUUAAGGGUAAAUACUAGUAGUCAAGGCUUGAUUUGGAGGGUGAAUGACGCACAGCAAGAUGUAUCUAUCUUACUUGUGUUUUCUAAAAUUGAGUAUUUCAAAGAUAAAUUGACCUCUUCCCUGCACUUAUUGUGCAGUGGCAUUUCUGUUACUUUUUAGUAUUGUCUUUGCAAGCCAAGCACUUAAAAUCUUACUUCCUUGAAGUACUUUACCUACAAACAGGAUAUGCCAUCAGCAGAUGGUUCCUGGGUGUUGUACUUGUUUGGCUACAGGUGUCUAUAAUCAAUCACCUGACAGAAGAGGGAAAUUCACAAUUUUCUAGACAUUCUUGAUUUACAAUAACCUUUUAUUAUUAUAGAAGAGAUAUAAGUGCAUUGUGAACACACUGGAAAAAGAGGUGGGCAAAAAAUAUUAACAUAUGCUCAACCACUCAAAGCUGGCCCCUGUUAACAUCUUAAACCACCGCCCCCCCUUGGUACCAGGGAUCGAACUCAGGACCUUGCACUUGCCAGGCAGAUGAGGUGCCAUUGAACUAAAUCACUGGCCUCUGCCUGUUAACAUCUUAAUGCAAAUCCUUCCAGAUGUUUUUCCUAUGCAUCAUAUAUCUUUACACUUUAAACACAUCUAUAUUUUAAACUAUAUCUAUAUAGUGUUUGGAACCAAUUUUUUUAGUCACCAGUCUCUACUUUCUUGUCCAGGACAUUUUUACCUCAGACUGUACUCACAUUUAUCCAAUUGUCCCUAAAUUUGCAGUUGGUUUGCCCAAAUCCGUAUUCAUUCUGUGACCUUCCAUUGUACCUAUUGGUCAUGUCCCUUUAAGUCCAUAAGUCUAUUUUAAUCUAACAGUUCCUGACUUUAUUUUCCCCCCAGUACUGGGGAUUGAACCCUGGGCCUUCACUCUAAGCUACCUCCCCAGCCCUUUUUUUACUGAGUUACUAAGUUGCCUAGGCUGGGCUUGAACUUGUGAUCCUUCUGAUCAGCCUCCCAGAGUGCUGGGAUUAUAGGUAUGUACCACCACACACUGCUGACAUUUACUUAUUAAAGAUUGGGAUUGUUGUUUUAUAGAAUCUCAUCUUGUGAAUUUGUCUAGUUACUUUCUCAUGGUGUUGUUUAGCUUGUUCCUCUAUUCUCUACCUGCAAUCUGGAAGUUAUAUCCAAAGGCUCAUGAAUUUGAGUUAAACAUUUUAUUAAGAGAUACCAUAUCAUGCUUCCUAUUGCAUCGUAUCAAAAAUACAUAAUAUCUAGUGUACCUACCAUUAACAGUAUUAAGAUAGAUCACUGGAUUAGUAUAAUCAUCUGAACUUCCAGUUGGUUUUCCCCUUUGUGGGAACAGUUAUCCUUAUAACUAUUUCUCUGGCAUUAAAUGAAUGUUCACUUUCACCAUUAGCCACUAAACUAGAAAAUGUAAAAAUAGAGUUCUUACUGGAACAGCUGGUUGAAUGCUUUAUUUCCAUUUAUUUAUCAAAUUCAAAGUAAGAAAUUGGUUUUGAUAGUGACAAAUUAGGGUGGGGGUUUUGGGUAGAUUUCUCACUUGUGAUUAUAAUUUUAGUCCCAUUAAAUUUUAUAGUUUUAAUGUUUUCACCCCAUCAUAGUCUUUUUGAUGCUCAAAUUAUCACAGCUGUAGCCAGUAGGAAUCCCUAUAAACUUUGCUGUUGCUAAUAGUGGAGUAGCAUUAAAGACCAUGGAUUUUAAGAAAGCUAAUGCCCAGGUAUAGUUUCAUGCCAUCCUUAAAAGUUCACAAUUAUCAGUUAAUGAGUCAUCAAACUGUUUUUAGCCUCUGAAGAAAAUAUUUCUCAAUUGUUUAUAGUUGACACAGAAAUUUGAAGUGUUCAGAGGUUGUGGGGAAGGGCCUUGAAGCCAAUUUGUCAUUAGCAGUCCUGCUCUUCUAGUAUCUUAUCAUCUCACAGUAAAUCAAAAUCCAGGCAUUAGCCAGCCUGUUUGAAGCUCCCUCUGCUAAGAGUUCCUGCUGUCUUCUGCCCUGUUUGUCAUUAACUAUUUUCUUGACUCUUUCAGUUUUCAUAAAGAAGAUUCUGCUAGAGAAAGUGGUCAGAUCCUAAUAGAAUUGUUAGCAUAGUACAUUAGAUUUUCCAGGGACUUUAAUAAUUUGAUUCAAAGUAAACCUUUCCUUUCUAAUCAAUUCUUUUUUUUUUUUUUUGGUACAGGGGAUCGAACUCAGGUCCUUAGCUUGCGAGGCAGGCGGUGGAAACACUGAGCUAAAUCCCCAGCCUCUAAUCAAUUCUUUAUCUCAAGCUAGAAUGAAAUUAGCCUCUGGUUAUUCUAUGAUCAUCAUGCACAAGAUCAGAUACAUCUGCAUUCUGACACAGACUGCCUUCUGAAAGAGCAUGUAGUUCCAGAACUUUAGCUUAUACUAGAAACUUGCAUAAAAGGGCCCAGAUCAUUUCAGCCAUUUAACUAGAAUAUAAAAUGCUUCACUGAAUAUUCUUUAGUACCAGUCUUUAACAAAUACCUUUUGCACAGUAGACAUUCAAGUCCUAGUAGCUGAUAAGGUACAAAAAAAGGAUUUGUCUACAGCUUACAUUUUAUAUUUUACUUUUCUGUUAAUUUUAACCUGUUUUGAAUAGAAUGCUAUUAUGUACAUAAAAAGCACUUAAAUCUUU